AUGUCCACCCGAUCCUCUCGGGGUCGUUCGCCUAUGCGAUCUCCAGAUCGGAACCCAGUAAAAUCACCUCGAGCUCACGAUCGUUCACGAAGCUACUCACGUAGUGCAACGCCAGACCGCCACCGCCGAACCCGGAGCCGAAGCCAUUCCAUAUCGCGAGACCGCUCACCUUCGCGCUCUGCCUCUGGCUCUCGCAGUCCUGCCCGAGGCGGAAGACGUUAUCGCAGCACUAGUUACAGUCGUUCCCCCAGCCCAGUACAAAGCCCUCCGCGCAGCUCAAAGGUUGUGGUGGAAAAAUUGACCAAGAAUGUCACGGAAGCUCAUCUCCGCGAGAUAUUUGGAAGUUUUGGAGACAUUGAAUACAUUGACCUCCCAAUGAACAGAUCAUUCAUGACGAACCGUGGCACUGCCUACAUUCUCUAUUACGACCCAGCCGAUGCCGAAGCCGCCAUUGCACACAUGCAUGAAGCUCAACUGGACGGUGCUGUUUUGAAUGCCCUGGUGGACGCGCACGUUUUGGCAAGAGAACCCGUGGGGACUCACCACCCCGGAGACAUGGGCGCGCACGACCCGGAGAUCGACGAGACACAUAUCGACCUCCAUCGGUAUCGCGAUCUCGAUCGCCAGUGCGACCGCGAUCCUACUCCCGUUCCCGCUCGCCCCCACGCCGAGGAAGUCGGCGAGCAGAUAGCCCACGAUCACGUCGACGCCGAAGCCCCAGCUACAGCAGCUACAGUUACAGCAGUCGGAGCCGGAGUCGCAGCCCAGUGA